AUGCCACGGCCGGGGAAGAGCUCGUACAGCGACCAAAAGCCGCCCUACUCAUACAUCUCACUGACAGCCAUGGCCAUCCAGCACUCGGCUGAGAAGAUGCUGCCUCUGAGCGACAUCUACAAGUUCAUUAUGGAGCGUUUCCCCUACUACCGCGAGCACACGCAGCGCUGGCAAAAUAGCCUGCGCCACAACCUCUCCUUCAACGACUGCUUCAUCAAGAUCCCGCGGCGGCCGGACCAACCGGGUAAGGGCAGCUUCUGGGCUCUACACCCUGACUGCGGUGAUAUGUUCGAGAACGGCAGCUUCCUGCGGCGCCGCAAGCGCUUCAAGGUGCUGCGCGCAGACCACGCUCACCUGCACGCAGGAAGCAGCAAGGGCGCGCCCGGGACGGGGCCCGGAGGCCAUCUACACCCCCACCAUACCCACCACCCGCACCACCACCACCACCAUCAUCACCACGCGGCACACCAUCACCACCACCACCACCCGCCCCAGCCGCCGCCGCCGCCGCACAUGGUGCCCUAUUUCCACCAGCAGCCGGCUCCGGCUGGAGGGUUGCCUUUGGCAUCUGUCAUGCACCACUUGGGCUACCCGGUGCCAGGCCAGCUCGGCAAUGUUGUCGGCUCGGUGUGGCCUCAUGUUGGCGUGAUGGAUUCGGUGGCCGCUGCCGCCGCCGCCGCCGCCGCAGCUGGGGUCCCGGUAGGCCCGGAGUAUGGGGCGUUCGGGGUGCCAGUCAAGGCCCUGUGUCAUUCGACAAACCAGAGCCUGCCAGCUGUACCGGUGCCCAUCAAGCCCACGCCUGCGCUACCACCCGUGACCACGCUGCCGCCAGCUCUGGCAGUCCCCACGGCGGCACAACAGCUGCCCGCUCCUUCCACGGUGUGCGCGGCCGCCGCCUCACCCACAACUCCUCUCUUGGAACCCACCGCAGCCAGCACCGCUGACAGCAAGGGAGGCUCGCUGCACUCGGUGUUGGUGCACUCCUAG